CAAAGAUGGCGGCUUAGCGGCGUUGAGCCUCCUCCGUAAUGAGUUACCAAAUUUUGAGUAUUUGCAGAGUUUUCUAUUAAUUAGGGAAGCAAAGUCCGUGCGGAUAAACCGUUUUCGCGAAAGAAAUGUUGUGAAACUGCGAGAGAAAUCUCUUCGCAAGGAGUUAGCGACCACAACUGCAACCGUUUUUUGUAGCAUUGGGUGUUGCUAAGCAGCUAAGCUAACUAGCCUCAUUGUAAAAUGGCUCCGGUGCAGAUCGGCUCAGAUGGACAACUCGUCCCACUCGGGGGUCCGGUUGUCUCGGGUCCACAGCCACCGCCACCGGGAGCCCCGGCCACGCAAGGGGUCCGACUCAGCCUGCUUAUUGAGUUUCUUCUCCAAAGGACCUACCAUGAAAUUACCCUGCUGGCAGAACUUCUUCCCAGAAAAACGGACAUGGAAAGGAAAAUUGAGAUCGUUCAGUUUGCAAGUCGCACCAGGCAGCUGUUUGUCCGCCUCCUAGCGCUGGUGAAGUGGGCAAGCAAUGCAGGCAAAGUUGAGAAGUGUGCGAUGAUCUCUAGCUUUCUGGACCAGCAGACCAUCUUGUUUGUGGAUACCGCCGACAGGCUGGCGUCGCUGGCCAGAGAUGCCCUGGUACACGCUCGUUUGCCCAGCUUCGCCAUCCCCUUCGCCAUCGACGUCCUCACUACGGGGUCGUACCCUCGCUUGCCCACAUGCAUACGGGAUAAGAUAAUUCCUCCAGACCCCAUUACGAAGGCUGAGAAGCAGACCACCCUGAGCCAGCUCAACCAGAUCUUGCGACACCGCCUCGUCACGACAGACUUACCGCCACAGCUUGCAAAUCUCACCGUUGCUAAUGGACGUGUAAAGUUUCGCGUGGAAGGAGAGUUUGAGGCCACGUUGACCGUGAUGGGAGAUGACCCCGAUAUUCCCUGGAGGCUGCUCAAGCUGGAGAUUCUGGUGGAGGAUAAAGAAACUGGAGACGGCCGAGCCUUGGUCCACAGUUUGCAGGUGAACUUCAUCCACGAAUUGGUCCAAGCACGUCUCUGUGCAGAUGAAAAGCCCCUGCAGGACAUGUACAACUGCUUGCACUCCUUUUGUCUGUCACUGCAACUGGAGGUGCUCCACUCUCAGACACUGAUGCUGAUCAGAGAGCGCUGGGGAGACCUGGUGCAAGAAGAGAGAUAUGUUCCUGCAAAAUACCUCACGCUCACUGUCUGGAACCAACAAGUUUUGGGGAGGAAAACGGGUACGGCAUCAGUACAUAAAGUCACCAUCAAGAUUGAUGAAUCGGAUGGAUCGAAGCCAUUACAAAUAUCUCAUGAGCCUCCUCUUCCUGCCUGUGACUCUAAGUUAAUGGAGAGAGCUAUGAAGAUCGACCACCUGUCAGUAGAGAAACUUUUGAUUGACAGUGUUCAUGCCCGGUCCCAUCAGAAGCUGCAGGAACUGAAGGCCAUUUUAAAGACAAACAAUCCCAGUGACAACUCGUUCAUCGAGACUGCUUUACCCACACUUGUUAUUCCGAUACUGGAGCCCUGCGGACGCUCAGAGUGCCUACACAUUUUCGUAGACCUGCACUCUGGCAUGUUUCAACCUAUGCUGUAUGGAUUAGAUCAGUCCAUGCUGGAUGACAUUGAAAAGACCAUCAACGAUGACAUGAAGCGCAUCAUAUCUUGGCUUCAACAGCUAAAGUUCUGGUUGGGGGAGCAGCGGAGUCGACAGUCAGUCAAACACCUCCCCACCGUGUGCACCGACGUCCUUCACCUCUCCAACUCUGCUUCCCACCCCAUCGGCAACCUGUCCAAACACAAACUCUUCAUCAAGCUCACGCGUCUGCCACAGUACUACAUUGUGGUGGAAAUGCUCGAAGUGCCUAGCAGUCCCACAGCGUUGCAGUACAAGUACUCUUUCCUGUCAGUGACACAGUUGGAAGGAGAGGACGGACCCAUGUGCGCACAACUUCUGCAGCAUUUCAAGCCCAACCUAGAACACCUUGUCCAGGACACGACCACAGGGAGAGGGGCCCGACCCGGGACUAAGAGGAAGAUUUCUGGAGACCAAGGGGAACCAGAGCCAAAGAAGCCCAAGCGGUCGGGGGAAAUGUGUGCCUUCAACAAAGAGCUGGCGCACCUAGUAGCGAUGUGUGACACCAACAUGCCUUUUAUCGGCCUCAGAACAGAGCUUUCCAAUAUGGAGAUUCCAAAUCAGGGCGUCCAAGUGGAGGGAGAUGGCAGCAGUCACGCAAUACGUCUCCUGAAGAUUCCUGCCUGUAAAGGCGUAGGAGAGGAGACGAGGAGAGCUUUAGAUCGUUCCCUGCUGGACUGCACCUUCCGGCUGCAGGGGAGGAACAACCGCACCUGGGUGGCUGAACUGGUGCUCGCCAACUGCCCCCUCAACAGCACGCACAGCAAGGAACAAGCUUCAACGCGGCACGUCUACCUGACUUAUGAAAACCCUCUGUCGGAGCCGGUGGGAGGUCGGAAGGUGGUUGAGAUGUUCCUCAAUGACUGGAACGCCAUAAGUCAGCUCUACCAGUGUGUUCUCAACUUCUCUCGUGCACUGCCAGAGAUGCCGUCCUACUUAAGCUUGUUCUCAGAGGUGCGGCUGUAUAACUACCGUAAACUGGUGCUGUGCUACGGCACCACCAAGGGCAGCUCCGUCACCAUCCAGUGGAACUCCAGCAGCCAGCGGUUCCACCUUUCCCUGGGCACCGUGGGGCCCAACUCGGGCUGCUCCAACUGCCACAACAUCAUCCUUCACCAGCUACAAGAGAUGUUCAACAAGAGUCCAAACGUGAUGCAGCUAUUGCAGGUGCUCUCCGACACACUGGCUCCUCUGAACGCAAUCAACAAGCUACCAACAGUGCCCAUGCUGGGCCUCACCCAGCGCACCAACACUGCCUACCAGUGCUUCUCCAUCCUGCCCCAGUCGCCCACUCACAUCCGACUGGCGUUUCGUAACAUGUACUGCAUCGACAUCUACUGCCGCAGCCGUGGCGUGGUGGCCAUCAGGGAUGGAGCCUACAGUCUCUUUGACAACACUAAGAUUGUAGAGGGAUUUUACCCAGCUCCAGGGCUAAAGACGUUCCUGAACAUCUUUGUGGACAGUAACCAGGACGCUCGCAGGCGUUCGGUCAACGAAGACGACAACCCGCCGUCGCCGGUGGGCGUGGACGUGAUGGACACCCUCAUGAACCCGCUGCAGACUAUGAGAGGGGGCGCGGGAGGCGUUUAUCCUCCUCUCACUUCGCCGCCGCCAAAUUACCACACUAACGUAACGCCCUCGCCAUCCAUGAUGCCCACGCCGUCGCCAGGGAACAUCCAUGCCUCUGGCUCCCCUAGUGGAGCUCUGAGGGCACCCUCUCCUUUCGGGCCCACCCCGUCUCCAUCUUCCCUGGGCAUAGCCAUGGGCCAGACCAGCUUUGCCAGUCCCCACGGUCCUCUGGAUCCCAGCUCUCCAUACGCCAUCGUGUCUCCCAGCCAUAGGGGCCAGUGGCCAGGUUCACCCCAGGUCUCGGGACCCUCUCCUGGGGCUAGGAUCCCGGGCAUGUCCCCUGGUAACCCUUCGCUGCACUCACCUAUUCCUGACCCUCACUCUCCACGUGCUGGGACCAGUUCGCAAGUCAUGCCAACCAGUAUGCCUCCGCCCCGCAAGCUACCUCAGCGCCCCUGGGCCGCCUCCAUUCCCACCAUCCUCACCCACAAUGCCUUGCAUGUGCUUCUGCUGCCCUCGCCCACCCCCUGCCUGGUGCCAGGCCUGGCGGGAAGCUACCUCUGCUCGCCGCUGGAGCGCUUUCUGGGUUCGGUCAUCAUGAGACGGCACCUCCAAAGGAUCAUCCAGCAGGAGCCCAACUUAUCCAUCGUGAAUUCUAACGAGCCCGGCGUCAUCAUGUUCAAGACGGACGUCCUCAAGUGCCGAGUGGCUCUCAACCCAAAGAACUAUCAGACGCUGCAGCUGAAAGUCACUCCGGAAAAUACAGGUCCCUGGUCCCAGGAGGAGCUUCAGGUGCUGGAGAGGUUCUUUGAGAUGAGGGUUGCUGGUCCUCCCUUUAAAUACAACACUCUGAAUGCCUUCACAAAGCUGCUGGGGGCGCCCACCAACAUCCUGAGGGACUGUGUUCGCAUCAUGAAGCUUGAACUGUUCCCUGACCAGGCUGGACAGCUGAAGUGGAACGUCCAGUUCUGUCUCACCAUCCCCCCCAGUGCUCCCCCCAUUGCUCCUCCUGGGACCAUCGCUGUGGUGCUCAAAUCCAAGAUGCUCUUCUUUUUGCAGCUGACCCAGCGUAUCCCAGUGCCCCAGGAGCCAGUGAGCAUCAUAGUGCCCAUUGUGUACGACAUGGCAACAGGCCUCACUCAGCAGGCCGACAUCCCCAGACAGCCCAGUUCCUCCGGGGCGGCAGCUCUCAUGGUGUCUAAUAUCCUCAAGAGGUUCAACGAGCUGCAUCCCGCCAGACAGGGUGAGUGCACCAUAUUUGCGUCUGUCCACGAGCUGAUGGCCAACCUCACCCUCCCGCCCGGCACCCGUCAGUAGGAAGAACAAACUCGGAGGCUGUUGUGCCGAAGCUCAUCAACUGGAGUCUCUUUAAAGAUGGCGCACGGAUCGUCCCCGACCCGACGAGACACGAGAAAAGCAAACGCUGUGGUCCCCAAGAUGUCCGAAAUCCUCUCUCUCUUCAGCGGCUGGACUUUUGACCUGAUGCAAAAAAAAAAAAUACUGCUGUUAGGAAAGGCAUUAAAACAUGUACAGUCGUGGACCACAGUCUUUAAAUCUUACACGUGAGAUUUAUCAUCGAAGGUAGAUCUUGUAAACGAGGAUGUCAUUGGAUGCAAAAGGAUAUAAAUGUUAUUUUUCUCCUCCAGCUGCACUUGUAAACAAGAUUAUCUAUUGAAAAUGAGAUUGUUUACGAAAAAUAUGUAAAUUGUUGUAUAUUUGUUUGUUUAAAAAGAAUCAGGUGAGGUAGAUUUUUGCUAGAGCCUUGUCUUUUUUUUUUUUUUUUCCUUUUUUUUUUAUGCCAAACUGAUAUUAUUGUAGUAUCAGGAGAUAUAUUCCUUAGCGAAACUAUUUAACUGUCCUCUUGCCUUUACUUUUGUCAAUACCUCUGCGUUUUUAUUUCCCACUUUCUCUUUGGAUACUGUAAAACUGUGACAAACUUUAUAAGCCAGUUGUAUUUUAUUAAGACCUAUUUCGAGUCCCAGUUGGUGGCGGCUCGAGGCAUCUUGUCUGACUUUCCUAUUUAAUAAACCAAGCCCACAGUUGGUUUGUGCUUCGAGGAUA